AUGGCUUCUGGCUGUGGAAGAGUCGAAGUUCCUCCCGCACAGUCUCGAAAGGAUCAUCUCGUUGAAGACACCGAAGAUAUGAGAUCCCAGGGUAACAUGUCUGACCGCCUGACCAUUGAAGUCGACUGUACCUCCCUGGGUUCCAACGAGUGCCCAUCCAUGGCUUCCAGCUUCUCGCCUAUGGAAUCACCCACGCCUACUCCUACAAGUGUGUACAGCCAAGGCUCUUUGGCUUCGCCCACCUGGCACGAAGGGGCCUCGUACCCGGGACAAGGCUACGAAAGGCACACUGGAACCACGCCCAUGCGCAGUGCCUUUCGACUGGCCAGCAUGACGUCAAACGAUAGUAUGGGAAUGUCCUAUGGACAAAUGGAGGCACAGGAACGGAUGCCAAUGACCGACUUCCUCUCAGGAUAUGAUGAGAACGUUGAACAUUUCUGGAUCCCCCAAGAGGCGCAGAAAGCCUACGAACAUGGCGUCCCUGGACUCCCAUACCCUCAGGCAAUGCCUCAGUAUCCCACUAUGGGCCGGAACAGCUACCGACAGCACGCAGCACCCUACCUGCCCGAAUCCGCUACAAACCCCUGUCUGUCGCGGUCGAUCUUCCAUCAGCCUGAAAGGGUCCCCAACUCAAUGUCCAUGGGCAAUGUGAUACCUUGGAUGGCCCCGCCGGCAGACUCAAUUGCCCCGCAAACUAUUGCCCCGUCGCAGGUCGCCCCAGUCACCCCCCCGCCGUCAUACUCGGAAUUUUCGGGCUCGAUCAAUACCUUCAAGACACACAGCCCGACCACUCCAGUGCGUUCUUGUUCCUUGGGGACUACCUCUGGGACGGAUACUCCCAUGAGUCGCCUCUCGGGCGGGAUGGAUUACCUGGAUGACUUCAACCAAUCGCCUGUUUAUCGCGAUGGUCUCGCCCGAGUCCAGCGCCAGCCCUCCAGGAAAGUUGCUCGGAAGCAGUCGUCUAAGCAGAGCUUGAGUCUGGAGAACCUUCCAUCUAUUAUCAAGCAAGUCCAAUUCAAGUGCAAGGAGCCUGGUUGCAAGGGUCGCUUCAAGAGGCAAGAGCAUUUGAAGCGACACAUGAAGAGCCACUCUAAGGAGAAGCCGCAUGUAUGCUGGGUUCCUGGCUGCGAACGGGCUUUCUCGCGCAGUGACAACCUGAACGCGCAUUACACGAAGACCCACAGUAAGCGCGGCGGCCGGAAUCGCUAUGUCGCGACACUGGACGAGAACAGCCCAGACUACAACCCUGAAUAUCGCGGCCAAUUGACCGCUGACGGGCGACCAGUCUACAACUCCAAGUCCCAAGAUCUCAUGGCCGAUGCUCGCGAAACGAGCGAGGAGGCGUGGUUGGAGUGA